AUGGAGAAGAGAAAUAUUUCUCAUGUAACCACAUUCAUUCUCAUUGGAGUUUCAGAUCGUCCAGAGCUUCAAGUUCCCCUCUUCUUAAUCUUUUUAGCAAUCUAUGGAGUGACAGUUACUGGAAAUGUAGGAAUCAUCACACUCACUAGUAUAGAUUCUCAACUUCAAACUCCCAUGUACUUUUUCCUCAGACACUUGGCUAUCAUUAAUCUUGGGAAUUCUACUGUCAUUGCUCCCCAGAUGCUGGUCAAUUUCUUGGUAGAGAAGAAAAUAGUUUCCUACUAUGGGUGUGCAACUCAACUUGGAGGUUUUUUAGUCUUCAUUGUUGCUGAGAUUUUCAUGUUGGCUGCCAUGGCCUAUGACCGCUAUGUGGCUAUUUGCAAUCCCCUAUUAUACAUGGUUGUAGUGUCAAGGAAGGUUUGCAUCCUGCUUGUUGUCCUUACAUACAUUUAUAGCUUUUCAACAGCCGUGACAGUCACCUCUUGUGUUUUCUCAAUGUCCUACUGUUCUUCCAACAUCAUUAAUCAUUUUUACUGUGAUAAUGUCCCUUUGUUAGCUUUAUCUUGCUCUGGUACCCAUUUGCCAGAGACAGUAGUCUUUAUCUCCUCAGCUACCAAUCUCUUUUUUUCCAUGACAAUUGUACUGGUUUCAUACUUCCACAUUAUCUUGGCUAUCCUGAGGAUACGUUCAGCAGAAGGGAGACAGAAAGCCUUCUCCACCUGUGCUUCUCACAUGACAGCUGUCACUGUUUUCUAUGGGACACUCCUUUUCAUGUAUUUGCAGCCCAGGUCAAACCAUUCCUUAGACACUGAUAAAAUGGCUUCAGUGUUUUACACACUAGUGAUCCCCAUGCUGAAUCCUAUGAUCUAUAGUUUGAGGAACAAGGAUGUGAAGGAGGCUCUAAAGAGAGCCCUCACCAACCCUUGCCAAAACUGUAAAAACUUGUAA